AUUGUCUUGCAUUUCUCUAUAAUGUUUUAUUAUAGUUUCUUCAUAGAUAGUAACUUGUUAAAUUAUUUGAAUAGGACCACCCUUGCAAGGUGGAGGGCAGCUCAAAGUAAUGAAGGAGCUAAAAGAGAACAAGAGAGAAGGCCUUAUCUAGCUUCUGAGUGUCGAGACUUGAGAAAAGCAGAGAAGUGGAGAAUGCAAAUUAUAAGAGAGAUUGCUAAGAAGGUAGCUCAGAUACAAAAUGCUGGUUUAGGUGAAUUUCGAAUUCGUGAUUUAAACGAUGAAAUCAACAAAUUACUUAGAGAAAAAAGGCAUUGGGAAGCUCAAAUAAAAGAACUCGGUGGACCAGAUUAUUCUCGUGUAGGGCCACGAAUGCUGGAUCAUGAAGGCCGAGAGGUACCUGGAAACCGUGGUUAUAAAUAUUUUGGAGCUGCAAAAGAAUUACCAGGUGUUAGAGAACUUUUUGAACAAGAACCACCACCACCCCCUCGCAAAACACGUGCAGAAUUGAUGAAGGAUAUAGAUGCUGAUUAUUAUGGAUACAGAGACGACGAUGAUGGCAUUUUGUUACCGUUAGAACAAAAAGCGGAACAAGAAGCAAGAGACAAAGCUAUUGAAGAAUGGUUACAGCACAAGAAUAAAGAAUCAGACUCGGAGGAAGAAAUAGAAACAACUUCUCAAAAACCUAUACCAUCACAGCAAGACAUACAAGAAGCGUUACUUGCUAGAAAAAAGAAAGAACUAUUAGAGAAAUAUGUUCUCUGACUGACACUUUAUUUUUUAUGCUCUUAAUAACAACUAUUCAUAAAUUUAUUUAAUUGUAUCAGAGUACAUCUUUAUAAAACGCGAUAAAUAUAGUUAUUAAUUUGUAAGUAUUUAAUAACAUUGAUCAAGGUAAUUAUUAUUUUGUGCAGUAGACGUUUAAACUUUAAUCGUUACUUAUCGAGAAAAAGGGUGCUGUAGAUAAAAUAUAAAUAAAAAUCCGAUGAGAUAGUCUGUUUAUAACGUUCGCGAUCUUCAUUUAUAAUAAUUUUUGAAAAAUAUCGCGAAUAAGAUGAUAUACGUUAAUCCGCACCAUCUUGAUCUCAUUAAUUGCAUAAAAUCUUUGUUUCUUAAUUUGGCAUACAUCUUUUUAACAAACGAUCUUUAAAAUAAUGUCGUUUGUUAAGAUCGUAACGUUUUUAUAGCGUUCACUGGGCAUAGAAAUAGCCAAGUUUUAACGAAUUCUUUGAAUUCUUUAGAGUAACUUGACGAAGUGAUAUAUAAGGCAAUGUAAUCACGAAAUAGUGCUCCUGCAAUGAGAGAGUCAUAAGAUACACCUUUACGACUUAUUACGAUUAUUUCAUUUCGACGAUGGAUUACAGACAAAUAAAGAAUUCAUUUUUGUAAUGAGAA